CCCGCCGGGGCGGAACUGGCGCGGGGCACCACCGGAAGCGGAAGUGGCAGCGGCGGCGGGGAGGGAUGGAGGAGCCCGAGAUGCAGCUGAAGGUGAAGAAAGUUACAGACAAAUUCACAGAGAGCAUGUACGUGCUGGCCAACGAGCCCUCCGUGGCCCUGUACCGUCUCCAGGAGCACGUCCGGCGAUCGCUUCCGGAGCUCGCUCAGCACAAGUCUGACAUGCAGAGCUGGGAGGAGCAGAGCCAAGGAGCCAUCUACACGGUGGAGUACGCCUGCAGUGCCAUAAAGAGCAUGACUGACAGCAGUGUGUACUUCAAGAGCAUCGACAGUCUGCUCAAGCACGCCAUUGCCAUGAAGGAGCAGCUGAACGCCGCUCAGGGCCGCAGCACUGCUGCCCCACAAGCCAAGAAUCCUCCAGCUAGUUCCUGAUUUCAGACAAGACUGGCUGUCCUCUGCCUUCUCCUCCGGCCCAGCUUCAUGUUUUCCGACCACGUGGAGGAAUCAGAAACUUUCUGCUCCGUCUGUGAAGCUGCACAGAGGCCUCUGCCUACCUCUCUGUUCCCAGUAACAAGGUGCUGCACCUGAGCAGGAAAACCCUGCCACUGGGGUCAGGACUGCCUUUGGGGGGUGCUCUGGGGAGCAGUUGUAUCCCUUUCCGCAGUGUUUUGCAAAAGGGAAACAGGGUGGUUCUGCAUUUGUCCUUUCCGGUUCUUUUUGAUGGCAGACUGCUACGAGACGUUUUUCCUCUCUAAUCUUUGGCCGCAGAAACAUCUCAGAAAAACUAGGUCAUGCUUUCAGUAUUUUGUAGAUGGCUGUGUCCAGACUGAAUGUAGGCACACUUCAGCCUUGUUCAGGGGGUGUUCUGCAAGGAGAGGUUUUUUUGUGUGUGCCAAAGAGUCGCUGAGUUUGGUCUUAGCAAGAACAGUAAUAAAAAGGAAAAACAA